AUGGCACAACUCAUCAAUCUAACAUUGCUAGUGAUGAUGAUCCUCAUAUCUCUCUUCUCAAUUCAUCAUGCAACAGCUGAACCAUCCUUCAAAAGGCCUCAUCGAUAUAAGCCUCAAACCGUUGCUUACAUAAAAGGUUCUUGUCAAACCACAUUGUAUCCAAAUCUAUGCCUUCGUUGCUUAUACAAAUAUUCCAAUUCAAAAAUCCAAAGCCCGCAAGAGUUAGCUCAUGUGGCCUUAUCUGUGAGUCUCUCACGAGCACUAUACACCAGAGAUUACUUGAUGCAAGUGGCCAAACAAUUCAAGGCACUCAAGAAUCGUAAUAAUAAUCGUAGCAGAGACUAUUUUGUUCUGCAAGAUUGCUUGAAGCAGAUCAAUGAUAGUGUGUACCAGCUUGGCCUUUCAAUAAAAGAGCUUGAAAGGUUAAAUAAGAUCCCAAGCACUAUGAUCAGAGAUGGUGUCUUGUGGCACAUGAGCAACGUUGAGACAUGGGUUAGUACGGCUCUUACUGAUGCGAGCACUUGUGUGGAUUACUUCCCAGCUCAUAGGAUGAGUAAGAUGAAGGCUGCAAUAAGAGGGAAGGUGUUGAACGUUGCGCAAGUCACUAGCAAUGCACUUGCCUUGUUUCAUAGAUAUGCGACUAAGUACCGAGAAGCAGCACAAGCCAAGAAUAAACCCUAAAAGCUGAAAGGAAAUAGCCCUUUAUUUGUUUGGUCUUGCAAAACCAUGCUUAUUUUUUCAAGGGAAACUUUGUUGUUGUAUACA